AUGGUGCUAACACACCAUGUUAGUCCCACGCAGUUACAGGUCAUGUUCGUCGCACACAGUUAUGAAGAGCGCAUAACACAUCGUGUUAUUGCUAUCACUAUCAUAAACAUCUAUGAAAUUGUGACAGGGGAUAUCAAUAACAUGACAGUUUAUGUGGCCUUGCCAUCCCGCACCAAGGAAGAUCUCAAACGAAGGUCCUUGCGGGGUAACAAUGAGACACUGCAAAUGGCAAAAUUGCAAACUCGUAGAGCUCAAUUUGAGGGAUUGAAGAUGAAAGAAGAAGAACGAAUUGCAGAGUAUUUGCUUAGAAUGGAUGAAGUUACCAAUGCCAUCAGAGAACUUGGUGAAGAGAUUAAAGAUGUUGUGAUCGAAAAGGUGAUUCAUCAAAGAGAAGUUGCAUUCAAGGCAGUUGAGAUGGAAGAUCCAGAGUUUGAUCAAGAAGAGGCCAACUUUGUAAGAGGAUUAGAGAGAGGAUUGGGUAAGUACAAAGGAAAAUUACAUUUCAAAUGUUUUGAGUGUGGUAAAGUAGGGCAUUAUGCAUCUCAGUGUAGAAUUGAAAAGGAAAGUGAGAAUCAAUUCAAACUUUCUAAAAACAAGAAAGGAAAGAAUAAGAAGAGUCUAUAUUCCAAAGAAGAUAGUGGUACCUCUCAUGAUGAAAGUGAUACAGAAGAUGUCACUGAACCUAAAAAUAAAGAACAGUUAUUCAUGGCAAUUGUUGAGGUUGAAACUGAAAAGAAUGAUAACGAUGAAGAAGAAGAAGUUGAAGUUGAUUUGGAAGGAGAAAUCAUUUCUAUAAAGGAUACAUUGACAGAAAGUCUAAGGGCAAAAGAAAAAGAAUGUGAGCUACUUGAAGCUAGAAUAGUAAGUCUAAAGAAAUAUGACAAAAGCACUGAAGCCUUGGAUAACAUGUCAAGUAAACAACAAAAAUCUGAUACCUUGACUAGACUAGGCUGUGAGAAAGGGCAGUGUUCUAAUAGCACUAUGACAAAUAAGAAGAAAUGCAAAGAUAAACUCAGUGAUGUCUUUGUAAAAGCUGAAGAUUUUGGGAAAGACGAAGAGAAGAACCGAUCAAUUGUAAAAAAGGACAUGACAAUUGACAAGAAAACUGAAAGACUAAGGGAUUCAUUGAUGUCAAUAGAAAGAAGAGAAGAUUCAGAAAACCACCUACUAAGUGGCAUUAAGUCUCCCAAACAAGAAAUGAAAACCAAUACUUAUGAAAAGGGAGAAAAUAAAGCUAAAUCUGAUACAGAUCAAAAGAAAGAAACUAAAAGAGAAUGGAAGGUGAAGAAGGAAGAGAAGAAUGUAAUGAAAUCUCUGAUUGUUCAAGUUGCCUUUCAUGCACAAGAUGAGAAUGAUACAUGGUAUGUUGACAGUGGUUGCUCAAGUCAUAUGGCAGGUGAUAAGAGUAAUUUUCUCUCAUUAAAAGAGAAUUGCAAAGGAACAGUAAGGUUUGGUUCAAAUGACAUUCCUACCAUAGUCAGAAAAGGAUCAAUCAGUUUUGAUAAUGGAAGGACAACAUAA